AGCUUCCAGAAUCCAGUGGCGUGUGCUCUUUGACGGAAGUUCUCUCCUAAGAAGAAAACAACGAUAUUUUCUGCUUCUUUUCUGAAUUCAGACCCAAAAAAAGCGGAUCAGAACAAAUUGAUGAGAGCUGAAAGAGCAAACAGCUGACUGAAGCAUUAACGUUAAAUAAAGCGAAUAUUUUGUCACUACUGCGGCCACACCAGCAGCAUCAGAGUUUGAUCAUCAGCUUUGCUUAGUAACGAAAAGAUGGAGGGGAGUGUGACAGUUAUCACUAACCCAACCGUGUCUGUACGGGUGACCAGUACCCUCAGCUCAUUCGAGGUUAACCGGAGAUUCAACCGAGGCAUUACCAUCGCUGAGUUUAAGAGUAAACUGGAGCUGAUUGUGGGUACGCCAGCUGGCUGUAUGGACCUUGAACUGUUUGGCACAUCAGACAAGUUUUUACAGAAACUAGAUGACAAUGAUGCCCUGCUUGGCUCUUAUCAUGUAGAUGAUGACUGCAGAAUACACGUGACAGAUCGCAGUGGUACUCAGAGUGGUGAGUUCAGUGAUUUGUCCAAGGUUGAGAAAUUUGAGAUUCCUGACGAUGCUUAUGAUAAAAGGACAGAUUCGGUGCGUAACUUCAAGAAGAAUAUGAAGUUGGGUCGAUUUAAUGAGGAAAACAGGGCCAAACAAGAAGAGGCGCUUGCUAAGAAAGAAGAGGAAGAGAAGGCAGCAGCUGCAGCCAUUGCUGUUGGAAAUCGCUGUAAAGUUGUGGUUCAAGGGCAACCCACCAAGAUUGGCACAGUUAUGUUUGUGGGUACGACAGAUUUCAAGCCUGGCUGUUGGGUAGGUGUAAAAUAUGAUGAGCCACUUGGGAAGAACGACGGCAGUGUGAAUGGAAAACAAUACUUCAAGUGUGAACCAAAAUAUGGUGCCUUCGUGAAGCCCCUCUCAGUAACUGUGGGAGACUUCCCUGAAGAGGACUUUGGUUUAGAUGAGAUGUAAAAAUGCCAAAAGAAUGAACCUCUUUCUUCAAGAAGUUUGACUUCAUGCAGUGAGAAACUGUUGUUGAAUGCUGAAAUGCAGUUUCUUGUCAUCAGUGCAGAUUUAAUUCACACCAGUCUGAGUAGAUUGGGAAAAUACCUUUAAUUAACAUCAUAUUGGUUUGGUGACUUGCAGUUAUUAGGUAAAUGUGAAAACAUCAAUCAGAAAAUUUUACCUAUCAUCUAGACAAAAAACAGGAUCUUGAAAGUAUUUGUUUGCAUGUUGAUUGUUGAAGGUUCAACGGGUAAUUUCAUCCUAGACCGAAUCAUUUUACGUCAGACAGAACCAAAUAACCAAAACUACAAAACCUGUUCUUCACAGUCCGUACACAUUUUACUUGUACUAAUGAAUUCAGCUUACAGUCCAUUAUAUUGUUAUUCAUCAUUGUGACUGUGUUUAGGGUGUCCGUCCCGCGUUCUGUUAGGCACUUUAGCUGUAAGCAAAGCAAUGAGUCACGUAGUGUAAAAUCUUGUGGCCUCAGUUUUCUGUGGUUCUGUAUUUUCUUGAAUUGGCAUGUAAAAAUUUUGAUGGAUGUCAAAUUCAUAUUUAACAAAAACUGUGUAGUAAACUCUCUGUUUUAAAUAAAUCAUUGUGCCAACUUUGA